GGUGCGUGUUCCAGUUUUGCUUAAAGUAAUAGGUCACGAUUACUGAAUCGUGACAUGUAAAUAUAAACAAAUGCGGGAUUCUAUGGCAGCGUGAUCAGCUGAUAUUCGUGAGCAUACAGUAUAUUUACACCUGUACGAUCUCUCCUCACAUUUUAACAGGACUCGCACAAAGAAACCACAGAAUUUAAUGGAUUAUCGAUGGGGCUGUCUACAGGUCACAUGACCAGCAGAUGUUGGAGUGCAACCAGAAACAGCUGUUCUGACAGAUACAGACUUUGUUUGGAGAUGGAACUAGGCCAUUUCAUCUUAAAUUGUAACACAGAGCCUCACAGCCUGUAGUAAAAAAGUAUUUCAUAGCUUGUCCAACAGUGAGAGAAGCGUGAGUGUAUUGCCUCUGUGGGAAGUGAUAUAAUGGGAGAUAAUCCAGAUCUUGUUAAUCCUGCUCCUCCAGAGGGCCAGAGUUCAGAUGUGGAGGAAGUGGUCAGUCCCAGGACUAGCUCUGAUAAGAAAAUGGAAGAGAACAUGAAUUCUAUGGACCAUGAUGGCCAUGUUCUAAAGGACGAGGUGAACUUUAUCCACAAUGUGUCGCAGUUCUUCAACCAAGAAGCGUUGAGCGAUGUCAAGCUAAAAGUUGGAGAGGACAUUUUUUUCGCUCACAAGUUUGUCUUGGCCAAGUCCAGUGAUGUAUUUCGAACCAUGUUAUACGAGAGUCGCUGGUCCCAGGAAAACAUGGCAGAAAUCGUACUCAGUGAAACGCCCGAAUGUCAGUCCGUGUUUGAAAAAUUCCUGAGAUUUCUUUACACGGCUGAAGUUAUGGUUACUGUUGAAAUAGCUGUUGGAAUUUUGUGUUUGGCAGACAAAUAUAACGUCACAUCCCUGAAACAGUUGUGUACCAAUUACAUGGUGGAAAACUCUAGGUCACCGAAAAUAAAAAAUGCUGUGCAAUGGUAUCCCUGGUCAAAAGCUCUGGGAUUGACCGACCUUAUUGAUCAGUGUGCAAAGACUAUUGCUUGGAACACCGACAAUCUACUAAAACUAGAGGAGUGGAAAUUCAUGGAUUUUGAUUUUAUAUACGACAUGCUAAAGAAUGAAGAACUGGUCAUUCCCAAUGAGUAUGUCCUAUUUAAUUCACUCCUGACGUGGUUAAAUCAAGAUGGAAAUUUACAGCAACUGAAAGAAAAUGCCAAAAAAUUGCUUCCCUUAAUUCGGUUUCCACAGAUGAUGGUGAAUCAGUUGUAUGAGAUCGAGAAGUCUGUGAUAACGGAGAAUGAGGAAUGUAAAGAUCUGAUCUUAGCUCUGGUCGGGAAAGCCUACAGAUUCCGCUCCCUAUGCCCCACACAGAUGGAGCUGGACAUCUCGUUCAGUGAUCCGUUUUACAUGCCGAGAAAUUACACGGACUUGGCUGUGGACACGGUGAGGAUGCAGAACACGUUGAGGUUUGGAAUUCAGGUGGACGUGAGAACCUACGCAGGACCAGUUCCCACGGAUAAACGAGAAGGGGAGUGGAAAAUCACCUACCGCAAAAACGGGGACAACUGGACAUUACAGAUUUUUUGCCAUGAUUCGGCGACGGUAAAUGGGGAAGCAAGAGUUCAAGCGGCAGUGAUUGUGUUCGAUGAAGAGGAAAAUGUCAUUCAAGUAGAACAAGUCCCCACCUACACUUGUUCCCGUGGCAACCAUUUGGCCUUGAACAUAAAUGUGGAUAAUUUUAACGACUCCAAAAUGAUGGCUGUCUUGUUGAAACCAGUGGCUGUUUGACAUUUGAUUGUUUUACAGCAUUCUCAAAAACGAAGGUGUUCUAACAUGUCUAAUAAGGCCAAAAUAGAAUAUAUGUGCGUUUCCAGUUUCCCAACCCUAAAUACUCUAGCGAUGAUAUAUAUAUAAAACAAACUUCCGGAAUUUUUUUUCUUUUCAUGUUCGAGUUUCUUUGAUUUACAUUUUGACUACUAUUGAUCUUUAAAAUGUUUGUAAACUAUUUCUAAUAAAAUGUUUUAAUAAAAUAAAAUGUUUUACCUACCUACCCUAUUUUAAAAAAAUUGGGGAAGUGAAAUAGGAAACACACAUAUAUUAUUUUGGCCUAACCUCAAUGGAGAUAAGUAACUCAUUUGUGGUUGAUCCAGUCAGAAAUUCGCAUUGCUAAACUGAACAAAUGAUCAACAAUAGUCCACAAGAGACAGCUUCUAUAAGUAGUUACAAGGGUUUGCUAUAAGAGCAGUUUGAACUAGCUUUGUGUGUGUGAUAGGCCGAAAUAUAAAAUUGUGUUGUUUCUGCCAACUCGAUCGACCCAGAAUUAUACUCCCUACCCGAGAAUUUUAUUUUUACAAUUGUUCAAGAAAUUAAUGAACAAACAUUGUUUUGGUAGUUGACACUUUUAAUUAUUUAGUAGGAUAUAGAAGCAUAUUCAUUUAAAAAUUGCAUUUAUUUAAUAGUGAAAAAUGAGCCCCUGUUCAAUAAUUUAAUAUAAUAAUCAUGAUUUUUGUGUGAACUCUUAAAGUUUGAGAAAAAAUUUAAUUUAUUUCCUACCAACUUGCCCUAAUUUUUUACUUGGGUGUUAGCGGAAACACAACAAUUUAUAUUCUUGGCCUUGACUGAUGUGUACCUGUAUAAACAGAUGUCCUUGUUUGUUUGUUUGUGCUCUGUUAACCGUGACUACCUGAGUGUUGGACAGCUUGUGAAGAUAUUAUUUUAUACGAAGUGUAUGACAAUCAAUGGAUGUCUUUCAUGAACAGGUACUCCACUAUAUUCUGAAUGAUCUCGACUUUGUGUUGAUAUUGAAAAUAAGCAUUGUGUAAUGCCCUGCAUGGUGUAUUGAUAUUACUUUAUUACGUAACCUGUUGAAUAUUGCAUUAUAUUACACAAUUUGUUGUUGGAUAUUGCAGUAAAACAUGGAUACAGCAAAAACACUUAUACUGAAUUCAUGCUUACAGCAAAGAUUUCAUUCUCUAGUUUUAAAAGCAUAAUUAUGAACUCAUUGGAUAUAUUAUAAUGAAUGAGAAAUUUGUCUCCAGCACUUAGCUGCAAUAGUGAUUUAUUGUAUUGUGUUAUGUAACUUGUAGUUCAUCCCAACAAUUGUCUGAAGAGUAAAAGGGCAAGAAAUGAAUAAGAUUUUACAUAUUUACUUUGGUGCUGGUAAAAACUGGUUGAUAUGUUUGUAUGUGAACAGUAAAACAUGGUUAUAAAGAACCUCCAGGACCAGCAAAAACAGUUCAUUAUCACCAAACUUCAUUAUACAGUAAAACACGGUUUUAAAGAACAUUUAAGGCCAGCAAAAACAGUUCAUUAUAACCAAACUUUGUUUUAUAUCCAAUACAAAUUUUUGUUAUUUUCCUCUCCUAGGAGAAUAUAUAAGUAUGAAUUCAUUAUACAUAUGUUUUACUGUAAUAUAAAGAGUGCAUACUAUUGCGUUUAGGGGUGUGAACUGCAGCAUUAUGAAUGUAACCUUUCACCGUUUGCCUAAUGGACAAAAUCAAAACAACACUAGUGAACAUCUGUUUUGUUAAUUUUGUAGCAGUAGUUUAUUAAGGGUGUGCACAUUGUAUAUUCAUUACAGUGAUGCCGAGGACUGUAUUUAGCUAGGGUGUUCACAUUGCAUUGUAUAUUUAUUACAGUGAUGCCGAGGACUGUAUUUAGCUAGGGUGUUCACAUUGCAUUGUAUGUUUAUUACAGUGAUGCUGAGGACUGUAUUUCGCUUUGUUUUGAUGUUUUUAUCCUGUAGCACACAUUUUGUUUUUGUGGAUUGUAGAAUUAUUUUUGAUCGAGUCUUUCAGUUUUGUGCAUUACCCGUGUAGGUAUAGACUUUGUGUGUUACCUGUAUUCAUAUGUAGGUAUAAACAGACAGAAUUGGAGCAUUUAUUUUUUGUGUGAAUACAUUUAAUUUUAAAUGUUAUAAAUUGUCAAUGGUUUAGAAGUGGGGAGGGAGUGGUCAAAAUCACAACAAAAUUUUUUGUCCUGGACCAUGUACAUUGCAAUAUAAUGAAGAACUAGGUACACUAACCCUCAUAUUUGACCUCUUUUCUAAACUAAACCGUUGCAGAGGUAGCAUGAUUAUAGAGAUAGUAAAGCUUAUUUUGUUGGAAAAUAUUUCUCAUCCCAAAUUAUCUUAUUCCUUUCUGAUAUAAUUAAAUAAGAUAUAUGAAUGAUAUAAUGAUAGACUGCAUGUUUGCACUGUAGGACAUGUAGGAGCUAACUUGUAAAGCAGAUUGAAUUUUUGUCCAGGAAGCAAAAAAUUAGGGGACAUAAUUUGAAGAUAAUCAUUUUAAAUUUUUAAAUUUGGAAGUAAAUGCAGAUGAAAUGCACAAAAUUAUUAUCAUUUAUAGGAAAUGACUUGUAUGAGUCAUUUGGACUCAUUUUAAUUCUUUCAAAAAAUGUGAAAAAAAUGACCUUUUAGUAUCCCUUUAACAGAGGUUUAUGUACUAUAACAGGAAGGGGGAAAUUACAAUGAACCCGACUGGGAUUUGAACCUAACAACUGAGCUAUCCAACCACCAGCGAUCAAACCGUCUGACCACCACAGUACAAAACAAAGUAAAAUUUUAGUAAGGAGUGAGGAAUUGCUCCAUUAUUCCAAGUUGUCUACCUUGAUCAAAUUAGAUAUUUCAAAAGCAAAAUGACUGGCAAUUUACAUUUCCUUAGGUUUUUCAUAAAAACUUGGAAAAUCAACUCAUAACUUCUAAAAAAAAAACUGUUAUAAAAUUUGCUUCUAAAUGUAAUAUUACACAAGAUGUAUUGUGAUACAUGUGUAGUAAGAAUCCUGAAAAACAAUAGAGACAUUUCUGAGACCAUGUGAAGCUUUAUUCAGCUAUUUAAUCAGUGUUGUUCCAUCUCCCUAUCUGAUUAAAAUCAGAUCCUAUGAUCUAUACUCGCGUAGAUCACUACUUUAAGAUCCCUAGAGUAGCGAUCUACGUGAGCGGAUCAUAGAAUCUGAUUUUAAUCAGAUUGCUCCAUCUCCGAGACCAUGUGAAGCUUUAUUUAGCUGUUUAAAGGCAUCUUUUAUCUCAAAAAUGACAUCACAAUAUUUUGCAAGAAUGCCAAAAAACAAAUUUGUAGCAUUAAUUAUGAGUUAUGAUCUAUAGCUGCAGCGCUUUGAAAUUGAAGUCAUUUAUAAAAUGUUUGUCUGGAGGACAAUAUAUUAAACUGGUACCCUGCUGAUUGGUGACUACACACUAACAUAAGGGAUGCGAAGUACCAGUUUGGGCAAAUGAGAAUGGGGAAUUUUUUUGUGAUUACUAUCCUAUCCAAUCUGUUUGUAAACAUUCUGAAGAACUUUUUGUGAUUUUCUAGUUAUGAUCUUUAAUUUCGCCACCUUUUUGGAACAUGCAAAUUUUUACCAAUAUCUUAGACCCUAUGCCUUUAAUCAGUGUUGGUCCUUGUAGACAAGCUGCAAUGUUAGACAAUUGUACGUUAUUGUCUGCCAUUCUAUUGAGAUAGGAGUUUGCACACGUUCAACAAACUUUUGAAUAUAUGAAGAUCUAGCAAUGAAUAUCGUCUUACUCCAAAAUUUUUAUUGCUUUUUGUAAACUAAAUUGAACCCAACUUUGUAUACAUGGCCAGUCAUGUUGCUUCAAGUAUCGCAUAAUUAUCUAAAGAUUUGCAUAAAUAGUUUUGGUCGACACUGGAGUUUUAAUAGAAAACCCCACAAGUUACCAUUCCUGACAGCGUUCAAGGAAGACAUUUGAAACCUGAACUUGAUAUCAAGUCAGUUUGGGGGAAAAUUAUUUUUUUAUUUUUGCAUCAUGAAAAUUACUGAAUUUAAGAGAAAUCAAUCCAUGGUUGGAUAUGACAAAUACCUCACAAAGUCACUUUUUAAAAAUAUUGGCUCAUUUGGCUCCGGAAAUUAUCUUGAGAGAAUUUGUUUUAGAAAACAUUUUAUUACCAUAGAAACCACAAGCUAGCAAUAUAGUAGUAGGUUUAGUUCACCCUAGAAAGGAUCAUCCAGUACUGGUGAUGGUAGAAAUGUCAAAAGUGAUUUUUGCAGAAGAUGAAGAUCAACAAUUGAAAUCGGUGAUUUUUUUUUUUAAAAUGACUCCACGCUGAAAAUCAAAGUUUGUUAGAUCACAGGCAAUUUGCAUUUAUCGAGAAUUGUAACCCAUUAAGUCCCAAUAAUAUUGAUGGGCAGUUGCAAUUAUAUUAAUGUAUACACAUACAGUAUAUAUAUACAUCCUUUUUAUGAAGACAUUUGGUAUUUUACAUGCAUUUAGAAUCAGGGAUUUCAUGCUAGAAGUGAACAAGUUGUUAUUCAAUCUUUAUUUUGUCGGUAAUGGUUGUAGCAUAAUUGAUUUACCGGUACAUGUGUAUUAAUAAAAGAUUGCAAAUUCCA